UAUUUUUUUUCUAUAUUUCUGAAGAUUGCAGGCUUUGUAAGUCUACAGUUUGCAAUGGAUCUCAAAGGUCUUUGCUUUGUGGCAUUUGCCCUAAUGUUAGGGUUCUCCAGUACAGUUGGUGAAUAUGUUGGUUUAUCUGGUAAUCAAUGUGCCAUCCCAGCCAGUGAGAGAGUAGAUUGUGGCUACCCUGAAGUUACUGCAGAACAAUGCAAUAACAGAGGGUGUUGUUUUGAUUCCAGUAUCCCUGAAGUACCGUGGUGCUUCAAACCUCUUCAAGAAGCAGAAUGCACAUUUUAAUAUGAAGAUGUCUUCUCCUGGAUAUCAUCAGACAAAUCAGUAAUCAAAUCGUUGUACCUUGUAAAAUGUUCUCAGAUGAUUAUUGAAUUUUCUAAUCUAAUAUCAGUUUUUGAUCCAGAGAACUUUAGUAUAAAAGGUUUAUGUUGAAUUUGUAAAAAGUAUGUCUUAAAGAAUUAAAAUGGCAUACUUAGCAUACAAACAUUUGUUUAUUACUUAGAGGCUUUCUUUCUUAAAAAGCAAUUGUAGUCUUUCACACAGAUUUUUAAAAGAGUUUGUGGGGAUUAUGCAAUUGUAAUUUUGAACAGAAUACUACCACUGAAGUUUUAUGGUAAAGACAUAUAGGAAAGACUUUUUUUCCUUUUUUUUUUUUUUUUUUUUUGGUUCUUUUAAUUCUUGUUUUCAUGUUUGUGCAUUUAAUAUGGAUUUUAAUUUUGUGAAUGGACUAACUCCCUUUUUGGAAGCAUAGAGGAAUAGAAACAAUAAGUAAAUCACAAUAACAUACUUGGACAAUUGUGUCAAGAUAUUUUGAAUAUAUUCACAUCCAUAUACUUCACUUGUAUGGUUAAGAAAAGAGUCAAUGUCUUUGACCAUUCACAGUAUGUAAGACCAUUAAGACCCUCCACACAGGAUGACCAUUACAGUAAGUAAGACCAUUAAGAAUAUAAUUUAAUGUUUUCCUUUUCAAAAUGGUGAUUACAUAUAUGUAUAUACACAUGUAUGUAUGUUUCUUCCUAUAUAAUAUAUAUUUGAGGUUGGAUUUCAACUUAGUUCUUCUUGAUUCCAGGUCCAUUACUCUACCUAUUCUACCCACUGAACCAUCUAACUUUUAGCCUCAAACAAGAAACCACUGAGACAUAAAAUGGACAAUUUCAACUACAUAGAACUGAAAAGUUUUUGCACAAAUAAAAUAAAUAAAUAUAAAAUCAGAAUAAGAAAUAUUUUGCUGGAGAAAAAAUUUUUGCAGCAAGUUUCUCUGAUGUCUAAAAUAUAUAGGGGAUCAAUUCAAAUAUAUAUUAAAAAGUACCAUUUCUUUCAAAGGAAAGAAAAAUAAACUAUUAGCCACCAUGUGAAAAAAUGCUCAUACUAAUAACAUGAAAAACAUGGAAAAAUCAUAUUAAGAAAACUUAUUAUGUUGACAAAUUUUGGGAAAAUAGAAAAUAGUAAUUGUCAAAGAAGUGAUAGAAUAGGUACAAGAUUAAUGAAAGGUUGUUAGAGCUACAAAUUGAUAUAAUAAUUCUACAAAACGAUUUGUAAACAUACUCCACAAAGUCACUAAACUAAAAAGCAGAGGGAAAAGACUCUUAUUUAUAACAGUAAUAGUACUUUUAGUUAUAGUAAAAGAAUUAGAAAUUGCAAGGUGCUCAUUAAAGGAUUGAUUAAACAAAUUAUGGCAUAUAAAUGAUGAAAAUAAUGGAAAUGAUGAAAGAAAUGGAUUAAAAGAAAUCUGAGAGGACUUUUAUGAACUGAUGUUUCACAUGAGUUUGACUAGGAGAAUGCUUUAUAUAGUAACAAUAGUAAGGAAGAGUAGCUUUGAGGGAUAUAAGAACUACAAUUAAUAUAUUAAAAGUAAUGAAUAGCCAUCAAUAAUGAAUUAUCCAAAAUGAAUUAAAUAUUUUUUGGUCAUGGUCAAUAUAUAUAGAAGGAGGGUAUUUAUUUUGGGGAGAGAUAAAAGGGUAAUGGUUAUGCCAAAAAAAAAAAAAACAGUUUUUAAAGUAUAAUGAAUAGAAGAGAACAAGAAUAAAUUUAAAAGAAAAUAUAGUCUUUUGAACUAAUAUAUCCUUUACAGUAUUCUUUAUCUUUUUAUUGUCUUUAACUGUUUCCAUUAACAUUUAUUUUCCCCUUUCUUUAUGGGAAAAAAUGUUUAAAAGACACUCUUCUUAGAAAAAUGCAUAGUCAAGCAAAACACCCACAAUGGCCAUGUAAAAAUAUGUCUCAUUGUACAUUUUGAGUCUGAUCACUUCAUCAGGUGGUUGGUAAUGAUUUUCAACAUUCAUCUACUCUUGAUGAUUUCUUUGAUCAUCAUUAGUAAGUCUUACAAAGCUGUGUUUUUUUACAAUGUCAUUAUUGAAUAAAUUGUUUUCCUAUUUUACUAACUGCAA